ACAACUUAUUUACACAGUUGAAUACAGUUUGAUCGUCUUCAUCAAGUUGAAUUUAAUUUAUUAAUCUGUAAUGAGAACAUAGUAUGUAAUAAUUAGUUGUGUCCAUCUGUGUCUUCAUAGUUAUUAUUGGUAUUUAUUUUACAAAAGAUUUUUCAUAAAUAAAGAGGUGGGUUCUUCAUCUGGAGUACUUCAAAUUAUUAGACUAGAAGAUGAACUCUUCAAAUAAUACAUUAAUGACUACAAAUGAUUCCAUGAUUUUCAAUAAACCAGAAAUUUUCACUGAACCUGGCGGUUAUCAAUUCAGAUCAUUUGAGAGUUUUUACAAAUGGGAUAGACAUAAAAAUUCUGAAAAUGUAAAGAAGACAUUACCAGCUUAUACAGAUAAUGAAGAUUGUCUACUUAACUGUGAAGAAUUAGAUGAUGGUUAUGAAAUAAAAAUAACUAAGUCUGGUAAAUUUUUGACAGAUAUCCACGCAGCAAGCUAUUUCAUUCCUUUUAUAGUUGGAACCCAAGGUUUAACAAAAAAAGAAAUAGAGAUGUCUACAAGAACUAAACUUAGAAUACCAAAACAUCCUCAGAAUAACAUUUUAAUUACAGGAAACAAUGAGAGAGAUGUUGCUUAUGCCAGAAAUAGAAUACAUAUGAUAAUCCUUGCUCAGAGAGAAAAGCACCAAAUGACACAUUUUAUAUCCAUUCGAGUGUUUUCUAGCAGUAUUAAAGAAAACUUUGAAACAUUUCGACAUAAUAUACUAAAUGGACCCAGUAGUAGAGGAAUCCAUCCUUCUAUAUUUCAAAAAGCUGAAAAACUUCAUCUAACAAUUUCUCCUCUUGUACUUUUAGAUGAUAUUGAAAUUGAUUGGGCAAUCAGUGCUUUAAAUGAAUGCAAAAAUGAAGUUGUCAAGCAUUUGAUGGAGAAUGUUGAUCCUCCUUUGUAUAUUCAGAUGGAAGGAGUUGAAAUAAUGAAUGAUGAUCCUACUGAUGUUGACAUUCUUUAUGGUAAAGUAAAGGUUGAUCCUGAAAAGUACCACUCAAUUUUUCAAACUCUAGUAAAUAAAAUUACUACAUUCUUUUAUCUUAAAGGUUUGAUAAAAAGGCGAUAUGAUGAUGUGAAGUUACAUGUGACUUUAAUGAACAGCUUGUAUCGAAAAAAGGACUUCAGACAACAAGAAGAUAGUAUAAGAGAGUCAUUUGAUGCAACAUACAUUUUGGAAAAGUAUAAAAAUUAUUAUUUUGGCGUAGUGGAGCUUGAUUUUAUUCACCUUUCUGUUCGAUUUGGUACCACUCGCAAUAACGGAAAUUCUUAUUAUGAGUCAUUGACCAGUAUUCCAUUAUAUUAGGUUUGUUUGCAUUUCUUGUUUUAUUGAAGGAAUAGUUAAUUUUUUCUUUUAAAUGGAAAUUGUGCAGCAUAACAAUACACUUCUAAUUUCAUUCAAAUACUUUUAGAAAAUAAUUAUAA